AGUUAUGUCGAACAGAAGAUCAACAAACGCUUCAAGAAUCACGGAAGAUGAGAUUAAUGAACUCGUUGUGAAACUGCAAGCAUUGCUACCAGACUCCUCUAGGAGGGGCAGUAGUACUGUACCAGCAUCAAAAAUUCUGAAAGAAACAUGCAGUUACAUCAAGAGGCUGCACAAAGAAAUGGAUGAUCUAAGUGAGAGACUUUCUCAAUUGCUAGCUUCUGUAGACAGCAAUGGUAUUGAUGCAGACAUCCUUAGAAGUCUUCUGCAACAAUAGACUCUCUCUCUCUCUCUUGAUUGGUUAGAAGUCACCAUAAAGAAGACAAAAUAUAUGUAUCUAUUAUAUCUUCUCCUACUCUACUCUUAUGUCAGUCAUGUUUUGUCUUCCCUGAG